ACAUAAUUUCCGACCAAAAAUAGAACACAAAUAAUUUGCCGCAACACAGAAGGAGAAGAGAUGUAGAAGAGAGGUCCGCUGUGGUUGUAGCAGGGUAGAACCUUCGCCGUACAAUGUUGUCGGCUUAUAGUUAUACCUAACCUAGUUCUUUACCUGCGUUGUAAUUAUAUUUAAACAUAAUCAUAAACAUCCUGGGUAAUUCCGAGCUAUUCAAAUAACCCCGUUGCUGUCGCUGAUUAGCGAUCUGCCCACAGAGGAUUCUGGGAAUUCCGAUUGAAAGAAAAGAACCCCCAAUGGGUCAAGAAGAAGAAGAACAGCAGCAAGAAGGAGAAGAAGCUCCUCCACCUUCUUCCGACGCGACCUCUCAGGAACCCUCCACCCAAACCAGCCCUCCUCCUCCCCCUUUCGAUCCCAGUCGAAUGAUUGGCAUCAUUAAAAGAAAGGCCUUGAUAAAAGAGUUAGCUGCUGCAUACCAUGCGGAGUGCCUUGCAUACUGUCAAGAAAUUUUGGAACUUCAAAGGAAAUCAGAUGAGCCAUUUAUUGACCUGAAACCCCCAGAGGAUCUGAAGAAGGAGAUAAUGCGGCCCCCCAAGCGUCUAAAGAAACCAGCUAGACACUGAUGUUGUUAGCAGCUUACUCUCGAAUAUGCACAGAAAAUUCGCUUGGAGUGUAGUUCCUGACUUUCGGAUUGUUUAGGCGCAACACAAGAUACAAGCAUUUAUCAUCUCUUAUGAUGUAUGUAAAUUUCGAACGAUGCACGAAAAGUGCCCUGUUAUUUUGGUUCAUUACGGUUGCAGAAGCAGCAGUUUGUAAAAAUUGGUUAUCGCAAGGGAGCGUCCCUUGCCUAGUUGUAUGUAGGUUUUGCUUCACUUGUGGAUCAAAUGAAUGCUAUUUGUCAGAAUGUAUCUUAUUUGAGUGCA